CUCACAAGUCACAAUUACAAAAAAAAGUUUUUAAAAACCAAAUUAAGUUUUGUUUUUCGAAGAUAAGAUCAGAAAAUGUCUAGCAACAGUCAGAGCAUGAGCUUCAACGCUGGCCAAGCUAAAGGCCAAACCCAGGAGAAGGCAAGUAACUUGAUGGACAAGGCCUCCAAUGCUGCCCAAUCUGCUAAGGAAUCUUUGCAAGAGACUGGACAGCAGAUGAAGCAGAAGGCACAAGGUGCGAGUGAGACCAUUAAAGAAAAGACCGGCAUGAACAAAUGAGAAGCACGGUCCUAAUAAUAAUUUAUGUUUUUUUUUUCUUUUUUCUACAUGAAUAAUAAUUAGAUGGAUUUUCUAUCUAAAGCCUAAGACUAUGGAUUUCGAUCGAAGCCAUUUAGGCAGAUUUUUUUUUUUUGCUUAUCUAAGUUUAUUUAAUAUCUAUUCAAGGGUUGUUAACUCUUGUUUCUUGAUUAA